GUUCUCGCAGCAAAUUGCUUUCAUAGUGCGUGCACCCAACAAACAGCUGACCCUCCGUCUCCGAGAACAGAAAGACCUCAUCCUCGCCGUCAUGAGCAUCGCUCGGUGUCCUCUCGAAGGCCAUGGCCGGCAGCCAUCGGUUGUGUCUCGAGGAAGUGAGCAAGUGUGCCGGGACGGCGAAGGGCGACUGCAGCGUGACUGUCUCGGUGGCCAUGUUCCAGCGGUGCAUGGUGCUCCAUGAUCGUCUUGAGAGGGGUAAAGGGGUCAGCGGCACUUUGGUGGGGGUGAGGCGGACACAGAAGAGGGGCACCGACCAGAUGUGGUCUAUGUGAGGGCCUCGAGGUCGUCCUUGCUGAUGAACGGCACUGCAGCGACCAACUCACCCUCUCCCCUCCCUUGAAGACCCUCCUGGUCUUCGUCCGCCAUCUUGUCCAGGCGUGUCUCUUCUUGUUGCUGACGCCAGCCAGGGCAGUGCGGCAGCAGCUUGUUGAACGCUGCGAUCAUGAGAGCCUCGAUCGACCCUCCCGGUUCCGCCCAGAGUGACGUCGCCUGGGAGCUGAUGUGGUAGUUCCCCUCCACGUCCGUCCCCAUACCAAACGUCGACGCCGUACAACACGGUGGCGUGCAUCUGUCUGUAUGAGAUCUUCCGUUGUGCAACGGGGCACCACCGACGUGUCUUGUUCGCCUCGUACCCAUACCAGCCUCCUGCCCGCUUUCCUCGUCGCCAUCAACAGCAUCAUUCGGUGUUGCCUCGAAGACAAUGGCCGGCAGCCAUCGCUUGUGUCUCGAGAAGAUGCGGAAGUGUGCCGGCACGGCGAAGGGCGACUGCAGCGUGACUGUCUCGGUGGCCAUGUUCCAGCGGUGCAUGGUGCUCUCCACUCACAGCCUGGGUCAAAGGGGCCCAGAAUGACCGUCUUGAG